AUCCUCCGUGUUUACCACUCCAGAAACUGGUUGCUAAGUCCUUUCUGAAGUAGGCUGGACUAUUGUUGGACAGGAAGGUUCUUCCUCAUGUCAAACUGAAAUCUACCUCCUUAAUUCCUCUGCUUGCCACUCCUGAUUCUGCUGUUGGAAGCUGCAGGUCUGCCUGAGUUGCUUGGAGACCCUGGAUGAGAAGAACCAAGUUUUAACCACCAACAUUUGGCUGCAAAUGGGAAAGCAGAGGUCCUUUGAGAAAAGCCAGGACUGUCACCCCUUACUCCAAUAGUCCAGCAGUGAAGUACAGCGUCCCGCCUUUGGAUGUGUCGCUCUGCAUUCUGCAAGGCUCACAUGUGUUUGUAUUUCACUACAGGGUGAUUUGGGGAAAUUUCAAAAGCACUUCAUGCAACACAAAUUUUAAGAUGUAGAUCUGCAUUUAGAUGUCCACAGCCUGCACCAUAACCGGUCCCCAUGGCUCAGGAGUGCCUGCCUUGCUCUCCAGUCCCUCCAGAGGUGCAUAUUUGCAUCCACAGGGUGUUGCCUAAGCCAGAGAUCUUCACACUUCCUGUUCUGGUGAUGCCUGUGAGAAUGUUGAAAUGUUAUAUUCUUCCAUUCAUGGACUUUUAGCUUGACAUCCUAAAAUUAUCAUCUACAUUUAAUUAAUUGCUAAUUAUGUCCCUUCCAUCAAACUGUAAAUAUUGACAUUUGAAAAUAAAAUAGUCUCUAUUUUAAGUGGAAUCUAAAUGCCACAGUAAUUUGAUGCCCAGAUCAUUCAUUUAAAAAAUAUACGAACAAGCCCUUCUUCAACUGCCAGAUGUUUUACAUAGCCCCGUUUUCUCUUUGUGCUUGCAUUUCUAUUCCACUUUCCACACAUAACUUUAUCCUAAUAUGGUAUAAAUUUUUAUUUGAAAGUCCUUUAUUAAUCAUUCUGUCUUGGUUCUCUCAAAUGUAAAUAUUUACAUAAAAUUAUUCCCUCAGAAAAGAAGUGUUAAAUUUCUUUCUUCUGGAUUGAUUUAGAAUUACCAUGAUUAUUGGUAAUUCUUCGAGGUGAUACUAAUUACAAAUUUUAAUAAAUAAUUAUUAAGCAUAAAAAUUGGAAAUUAAUCUCUGUAUCAAAGGUAGGGCUUUGUUUUAAAUUCAUUUAUGUAUUCAUAGAUGACUUUAUUACUAGAAUCAAGGUGUUGAUACAGAUUUCACAAUCAAUUCUAUAACUUUUAAAAAUAGAUGUAGUAAAAGGUAUAGUUCAUAAUGAGAGACAUUUUGUCACAGCAGUGUAAUUCAAUUCCUUGAACUUCUUCUAGAUUGCAUGCCAAAAAUAAUAUCAUUUUCUUCAAGGUAUCAGCUCACAGCUUGAUUAGUUUCUCCUUCAAUUUUGCUGAAAGCAAAGAAUUAAAAGAAUUAAAGCCCAUCUGAUCUUUGGAAGUAUUUGUCACCCAAUUUUUAACACAAUUCACAUAGAUACUGGUAUUUUGAAUGGACCCUUUAUUUGCUUCUGGGGUCAAUGUCCCAGGAUAAGAGUUGAGAUAAGAGAAAUAGUUUUUUUUUGUAAAGUGGGGGUAGGAGAAGUGAACUCAGAGGUAAAGGUGACACCCACAUGGUUCUUAGGCAGGUGAGUUUUAGGGGUAAUACAAGUGGAAGCAGAAGGAGAGAAAAAAGAUUCACUUAUAGCCAUCUGCUGCGUGUCGCAGGGUGCGCUUAGCUGUGUCUGAGACCCCUUGUAGAACCUACCCAUAAUGGGCAAAGCAGAAACCCUUGGGAAUUUUCCCCACAGGAUUUAAAGCAACACUCUUCAGUGAGGGAAUCCCACCCUCACACCUGUGCCCACUUACCCUUAGCUUUCUUUUGCCGUGGGUGCAGGAUCUGUGCUCCCUUUGAAGGCCAGUCCUUCCUCCAGGGGACAAGGUCUCACCUCCUGGGACCUGCUGAGAACCUUGCUUCACAAUGUCCCUAUGCCUCUGGCAUCAUCAUUCUCCAUGUGUCAUUCUCGUUGGCAAGCAGGCAUGCUGUAGCAUGUCCCCGUCAACCCUGCCCAGCGACUCCUUGGUUUCCUCCUCACCUUUACAGCAAGGUUUCUCCAGGCAGUGUCCUCCCAUUGUCCUCAUUCUCUCUCCUUCAUUCUCAGCUAAAUUCACCCUUAUUUGGCUUUGGGCAAGCAAACCACUAAUCCCAGGUUGUUAAAUGCUAUAAGUAGUGGUUUAUCCCAAUUUUUUUGAUAAAAAAUUUUAAAGAUAUUGAAAAGGUGAAUUUACAGUGAGCAUCCGUAUAUCCACCUCCUAGAUUCUGUGAUUAGCACUUGACUCUGCAUGCUUUAUCCCAUCUCUGGCCAUCUGUCCAUUUUUCUAUUGAUCUAGCUUAUUUUUUAAUGCAGUUCAAAGUAGAAUAGUGGACAUGGGUGCACUUUCACUGCAUAUUUCAUGCAGAUCUUUGAGUUUAUAUAUUUUUUCCUUCCUCUCAAGGCAAAGUUCACAUACAAUGCUAUGCGCAUAUCCUAAGUGUAUCAGGCAAUGAAUUGCCUGUGAUGUCUUCAGGUCUGCAGCCCUGCCCCCAUCCGGGAGCAGAACUGCACCAUCAUUCUGGGGAUACUGAGUCCCUUUCCUGCCAAUUCCUGCCCUACCCUCACCGCUCCUCAAUGGGAAGGAACAGCAUUGUUCUGGUUUUUCCAGUGAUUAAUUUUUUCUCUUUAUCUUACUCGACCUCUCAGGAGCAUUUGAUAGAACUGAAUUGUUCCCUCUUCCUUGAAAUCCUUCUUCGCUGAGUGUCGGGAUAGCUCUCUGUUAGGUUUUCGUCUUAACUCACUGGUGGUUCCUGAGUCCCUUCUGCUGUCUCUUCAUGUCUCUCCAGCCAUUCAUCAUUCCAGGAGCUGGAGGAUCAUUCUCCCGGCUUAAAGCACCUUUGAUGAGCUCUAGCUACCUCCUUGGUGUCGCUAUACAGGUGUCCAAUAGGUUCUUAAACCCAGUAUGUAUCAAACUAUCCCCUCUUUUCUCUUUCACACUUGCCCCUCCCAUAGCCUUCUCCAUCUGGAUAAAUAGUGUGUCCAUUUAUCAAUAUGCUCAGACCAAAAGCCUCAGAAUCACUUGUUACUCUUGUCUUUCACACACACAUCUAUUCUGGCAGCAAGUUCUGGCAGUGAGACUUUCAAAAUAGAUCCAGAAUCUAACCAUUGGGCAUCAACCCCAUUGCUUCCAUCCUGGUAUAAGCCAGCGUCAUCUCUCACCUCUGUUAUUACAAAGCCUCCUAGCCAGGUUUCCUGUGUCAGACCUUACCUCCCCUGGUGGUGCCUCUUCUCAUCAUAGCAGUCAGUGUGAUCCUAGUUAAGAGACGAUAGAAGUUCAGCCUUGAGGCUUCUUGGCUCAGACCCCUCCAGGGGUUCCUGCCUCGCUCAGCGGCAUAUGAACUGAAAUCUUUGAAGUGGCUUUUGACUCCCUGCCUGCCUUGACCCUGCUUCCUCUCCCAUCACUGCACUCCUGAAUGUCCUGCCCACAUCUCCUAAGCACACAUCCACCUCAGGGCCUUUGCCCAGAAAGCUCUUUCCUCAAGAACCACUUGAUUUUCUCCCUCACUUCUUAACAGUCUCUUCCUCAAGGUCACCUUUUCAGUGAGGUCUUCCCUGAGUUCCCAUGUACUGUCUCAAACCCUCUCCUCUUCCUGGAGCUCACUCUAUUCUCUUUACCCUGUGUCUCAGUCAGCUCGGGCUGCUAUAACAAAUACCAUAAACUAGGGGGCUUAUCAACAACAGACAUCUAUUCCUCACAGUCUGGGUGUUAGAAAUCCAAAAUCAUGGUUGUUGCCAGUGUGAUUGGGUUCCGUUGAGGACCCUUUUCCGGAUUGCAGACAGGCACCUUUUUGUUGUGCCCUCACAUGGUAGAAAGAGUGUGAGCUAGCUCUCUGGCCUCUUUUCUUUUCUUUUCUGGGCAUUUCCUAUUUUUUAUUGUAUCUUCCCUCAGUUAUCUACACUUUCUUCUUUUUUCUCUGGCCUCCUCUUAAAAGGGCUCAAAUCCCCUUCACGAAGGCUCUACCCUUAUGACCUAAGCACCUCCCCAAAGCCUUACCUCCUAAUAGCAUCGCAUUGGGAUUAGGGCUUUGACAUUGGAAUUUUGGGGGGAAACAAACAUCUCAUCCAUCAACGCUGCUUCAUUUUGUUUCCAAAGCACUUGUCACCGUGUGCCAUCCUUCGCACUGUGUAUUUGUUGAUGGGACCUGGGUCUCCCUCCCUGACUAGGAUGUGUGCACGAGGAGGCCAGGGCUCUGUUUGGAUACCCCCAGCUCCUAGCCCACGGCAGGCACUGAAUGAAUAAGUUUUAUGGAAUGAAUGAAUGAAACAAAAACCUCAAGGUGAACCCAGGAGGGGCUAAGAUACUAUGAUAUGAAAUAAGCCAACUCUCAAGUAACUUUUGAACACUGUGGGAUAAGAUAAAGCUCUGGGAAUUUGGGAAGAUGAUGCAAAUGCUUCUGUUUUUACAUACAACUAUAUGUUUCCCAUGCCCUGUAAGGUACAGAACUGCUGUUGACAUUUUUCUUACAGAGAGAGACAUACCUCAUAUGCUCGUGACAUAUUAGGUCCUGGACAGGUUUGUCUCCCUGGUGCCUGUAUUUCUUACCCCUCAAUAAGCAAUUAUCUUCAGCAAUGUGUAUGAUUUGGCAAUUUCUUUUAGAGAGUGAUGGUUUCCAGAAAAAAUGUAUAUGGAUUAUUGCACUGAGUUCUGGUGCUCCAUAGAUAAGCACCCUUGCUUUGGGUGAUGUCACCAGAGACCUCUAAAUUUCUUUCAAGCAUAACUUAUUUCUCAUUAAGACUUGCACUUGCGUAAGCAUCUGCAGCUUCAUUUGUUUUAAAACUCAACUUUUAAUCUCUUUGACUGAUUCAGCUAAUCUUUUUGAGCACCUGCUAUAUGGAAGACAUUGAACUAGGCCAUGUGAGGGGGACCCAGAAUUGGGUGAGACCAGUUUCUUCUUUCAAACCAUUUAUAAUCAGGCUGUGAAAUUUACACUCUAAAAAAAGUUAAAAUAUCAAGAACAAGUAACUCCCUAGAGACGUGGCAGGAGGCAGGCUCAUAGUAUGGACAAUGGAUCCCCCAGGUGGGAGAUAUCUCUGCUUUACAGGAAUGGAAGAGAGAGAAGGAAAGACAUAGACUCUUUUAAAUGUGAAGAUCUGGCAGCAUAGGCAUUUCUAGGUGUGGCAUCAUUAAUUAAUACUUGUUUUAGGCACCCAUCAUAUGGAAAACAUGCAUGUGUCCUUAUAAAGCUAAGUGACACAUUUAUCUAGAAAAUGGCACCUGUAGCUCAUGUAGCAGCUGUAACACUGACUCCUCACUGAAUCUUAGGGGGUUACAAGUAUCUUGGGUUUAGAACAGACCUUAAUAGUUAUAUGAUCAGAACAUCUGGCCUAGCCAGUGCUUCCCUCUGGAAAGCCAUGGCAUUCCUUCUGCAGUCACAGCAGGGACAUGGGGAACUCAGAUGUCACCAUGACAGGCUGUGGAAGCUGCCCCGGGGCUAUUUAGAAAACCACCACCACCUUGAUUUCCGGUCUUCUGUGUUCUCCAACUAGUGGCCAGAAUGGCCUGACCCGGCAGGAAUCUUGGGUACAAACAAGUGAAGCUCGAUAUCGAAGGCUAACAGAGCUGGAGUCCCGUGGGAGGACAGACAUGAGCAGGAGGGGAAUGGAGAGCUUAGGAAAUGGCUCUCAGCAGUUGGAUUUUCUCUCCCAGAGUUUCAUAUUGCUGAAUUCCUGUUCUGAAAAUCUGAAUCCGCAUAAUAUUUUCUCCAGGAUAUUUAAGCUCUGAGGUCAAUAUUCUGCAAAUGAUAGAUUUUCUAUACAUUCAAAAUAGAAGAGGCAGAAAAGUUAAAAAAAAGAGUUCUCUUUGUCCUACAGUUUGAUUUUGUUUUCAUGUCUCUCACUUACCUUGAUUUUGUAGGAAUUUCCAGUUCUUUAGAUUACUAAAGGGAGAGACGGUGGCUUCACCACUUACCUCUUCAUAUUCCUGGGAGGAAGCAGCAGGUGUAUUUUCUCUGUGGGUUAGUUUUAUCAUUUUGGGAGGCCUGUCAGACAAUCUGAUUUUAAUCCAUGAGAAGAAAUGAAGAAACCAUGUCAGUUUCUGAAGAGACAUUUGAGCCAUCUGAAGCUAAUUGUUUUUUUUUUUUUAAAUUGUCUUAUUUUGGAAUUUUGACUAUUCUUCUGGCUUUACAUUUCCCAUCCUUCUCAUGUUUAUUCUCUAUUUUUUACCUGCUAAUCAUGGAGCUAAUAGCUGUUAUAUCGUAGAAUGUUAGUUUGUAAACAUAUUUUUUUCUAAAAUGUUUACCUUUUUAAUUUCUGCAUUCUUUAUCACUUUAUCUCUGACACACAGAAAUGCCACAGAUUAUGCUCAUAGAUAAGCCAGCCCUUGGCUUGCUUAGGGCCCUGAGAGUAAUCCAUGGCUUAGGGUGAUGUUUCAAUCAUUAUAUCUCACUGAGAGAAAAAACUUUUGGGGAAGUGAGAAGGAGGCCGCUUUCUUCCUCUGAGAUCAAAAUAGUUUGGCAGGAAGAAUUUUCAAAACAGAUAUAUGGGUGGAGUUUUCUAACACCAGAUACUUGGUGUCUUCCACACCAACAGACAAUUCUCUGAAUCUCGGAACACCAACUUGGUGUCCAACCUUUCAAUUCGAUUCUGACACCAUCUACCUGGAGUUAGCAUGAGAUCUCACAAGUUAAGGCCUCAGUUCCACAAAACUGCCCCCACUUCAGAUGCCUGCUGCAAAUGGGGUGCCCAGGCUGUGCACACUUCGUCCAGCUGUGUUCAAAUUCAGAGUUUCCCACUAUCCCCUUUCAGGUACAGUAAUUUUCUGGAACAGCCCAUGGAACUUAAGAAAACACUUUACUUACAUCCACCAAUUUAUUAUAAACAGUACAGCUCAGGGAUAGCUGGAUGGAAGAGACGCGUAGAGGAGGUAUGGGAGGAGGCGCAGAGCUUCUGUGCCCUCUGUGGCAAGACACCCUCCUUGCAUCUGCAUGUCUUCACCAGCCUAGAGGCUCUCUAAAUCUUGUUGUUCAAGGGUUUUUAUAACCCAGUCUCCAUAGAGAUAGGAGUGGAGUGAGGCUGAAAGUUCUCACCCCCUAGUCAUGUGGUUGGCCUUUCUGGUCACCAGCUGCAAGAUGGCAUCCUUGGCCUAUCUAGGGGCCCACCCUAAGUCACCUUACUUCAUUAGAAUAACCUCAGGUGUGCUCAAAGAGGGCUCUUUGUGAGUAACACAAGACACUCCUAUCACUCAGAAAAUUCCAAGGGUUUUAGGAUCCCUGUGCUGGAACCUGGGAUGAAGACCAACUAUAUUUUUUAUUAUACCAUAAAGGAUUUUUUCUAAAAACACAGACAACUUUCCCAUUCUUCGCUCUUGCUAUCUCUUUCUCUCUUGCUAUAAAGAUUUCCAGACAUGCACGUACACACACAUUUAAAAAGAGUUUCUAAGAGUGGUUCUAGUGGGCCCAGUUCUCAGCUCCACAGAAGGAUAGGGAUUCUCUACAGUGCCUUUUAGAUCAAGGGCCCCUUCCUGUCCCAUGUGUCCCCUUUAACACCCCACACAUUCCUGUCGAAGAUUGAAUGAGAAGAAUCACACAGACGUAGGGAGAAGAGGAAAAGCACAGACUUCUGGAGGUGAAGAUCUGGGAGUGUUGGCGUUUCUAGAUCGAUGCUUAUUUUCAGGUGCCCAUAUAUGGAAAACAUGCCGGGUGCUGUGUGUAGGAAGAUUUUGCCCCGUGCCUCUGCCCUCCAGGACAUUCCCAGGGAUCUGCCUGGCAAUCUUGGACAGAUCACUAUUUACAGUGGAAUAUGUCAGAGUAUCCGGGUGUGACGAAUGUUCGUUUCCCAGAUGGCCAGAUUUGGAAGCCAGACAUUCUUCUCUAUAACAGUGCUGAUGAGCGAUUUGAUGCCACAUUCCACACCAACGUGUUAGUGAAUUCUUCUGGGCAUUGCCAGUACCUCCCUCCAGGCAUAUUCAAGAGCUCCUGCUACAUUGACGUGCGCUGGUUCCCCUUUGAUGUGCAGCACUGCAAACUGAAGUUUGGGUCCUGGUCUUACGGAGGGUGGUCCUUGGAUCUACAGAUGCAGGAAGCGGAUAUCAGCAGCUAUAUCCCAAAUGGAGAAUGGGACCUUGUGGGAAUCCCCGGUAAGAGAAGUGAGAAGUUCUAUGAGUGCUGCAAAGAGCCAUACCCGGACGUCACCUUCACAGUGACCAUUCGCCGCAGGACUCUCUACUACGGCCUCAACCUGCUCAUCCCUUGUGUGCUCAUCUCAGCCCUUGCCCUCCUCGUCUUCUUGCUCCCUGCAGACUCUGGAGAGAAAAUCUCGCUUGGAAUAACAGUUUUACUGUCUCUUACUGUCUUCAUGCUGCUGGUGGCUGAGAUCAUGCCUGCAACAUCUGAUUCAGUGCCCUUGAUAGCCAAGUACUUCGCCAGCACCAUGAUCAUCGUUGGCCUCUCUGUGGUCGUCACAGUGAUUGUGCUGCAGUACCACCACCACGACCCCGAUGGCGGCAAGAUGCCCAAGUGGACCAGAGUCAUCCUUUUGAACUGGUGUGCGUGGUUCCUGCGCAUGAAGAGGCCAGGGGAGGACAAGGUGCGUCCCGCCUGCCAGCACAAGCAGCGCCGCUGCAGCCUGGCUAGCGUGGAGAUGAGCGCGGUGGCUGGGCCGCCGGCCACCAAUGGCAACCUGCUCUACAUUGGCUUCCGAGGUCUAGAAGGAGUGCACUGCGCCCCCACCCCCGACUCCGGAGUUGUGUGCGGCCGCAUGGCCUGCUCACCCACGCAUGACGAGCACCUGCUGCAUGGCGGGCAGCCGUCCGAGGGAGACCCGGACCUGGCCAAGAUCCUGGAGGAGGUCCGCUACAUCGCCAACCGCUUCCGCUGCCAGGACGAGAGUGAGGCCGUCUGCAGCGAGUGGAAGUUCGCGGCCUGCGUGGUGGACCGUCUGUGCCUCAUGGCCUUCUGCAUCUUCACCAUCAUCUGCACCAUUGGCAUCCUGAUGUCGGCUCCAAACUUCGUCGAGGCUGUGUCCAAGGACUUCGCUUAACUCGGUCCUGGUUCCCAGUGUGUAGGAAACGCACAGAUCAGCGAUGUUGGCUUGGGGCGAAUUUGGGGUGCUAAUCCCACAGCAGCAUUAAAUGUGAGGACUCUGAUGUACGCUUGGCACUGUCAGUGAUGGCGGUUACAGUUUCCUUGUUACUUUCAGUGAUAGGAUCUCAGCACGUUUUUGUUUAAUCCUCUCCGUUGGGCUACUUGAUAUCCUUGGGACACCCUAAGGGCAGCAGGACCACAGAGAGGUCAUUUUUCCCUUUCCCCACUGCCUGGGAAGCUCUUCAGAGAGGUCCGGGUAGCUCAGGACUGCCAGGGGAGGCCUGUACAGUUGGUCUGCAUGCCUGCAUGUCAUUUGCCAUGAAGGCCUACAUGAAAAUGCCACAUACGCUUUUGCCUGUGUACAAACUUAGAUUGAAACUACUAAUAAUAAUAAACCAAACUCACUAAAUCCAUUCAAAUAAUUAACUGGUGAAAGGAAACUAAACUAAACUAAAACUAAAAACCUAACUGCUGGUUUUCAUUUAAUUCAGUUUUUAUAUUUCUCUACCAAAGAUGGUGGAGAGAAACAGUUUUAUGCUGUUUCUACUUAAAACAAAAGAACAGACAGUUGGUCUUGUAAAUUAUAUUUUUUCCUGCCUGAUUUCUGCCAAACUAUCCUGUCAAGGGAAUCGGGAGGGACAUAGGUGUUGUCAGUUCUGAACUAGGACCAGACCCAGUCAAGUGGGGGAUUUCUGUAGAUCCCAGGCAACUCUCAAGCUUCCUGUGCUUCCCCAGACACUGGGGAGCCGGUUCAGUGAGUCUGCUCUAUUUUGAAAAAUUCAAAGGACAGAUAGAGUUCUAUUAGAAUUACCAGCGCAACGUAUUAGCUAAAUCUAAAUUAAACCAUCUAUGUGUUUUCUGGUCUUUUUUAAAUGCAUUAGAUGCUUCAAAUGUAGUGGGGUUGAUUAGUGUUAGAAAUUCAUGGAUCUGUACAAAUGCACAACAUAAAGUAAAAGUAUUCUAUGCUUAUUCUCCAUGUCUCAGGGCCAGGGGGCAGAGGCCGGGACCUUUUCUGGUUCCCUGUGUGGCCGGAACUGGGGAGGGGAUGGUGUGGCUGAUGACUUUCCUGGAUGACAGACCAGUGGUGGUCACCAGAAGGGGCUGGCAGGCUAAGAGAGGCUGCACAGCCAGUAGCUUCAGUUUCUGGCUUUUGGGAAUCUGCUUCUCCACAGCUUGUCCACCCAGCUUCGUCCUAGGAAGCCAGCUGAAUGGGUGGAUUCACUGGAGAUGCGUGUUUUAAAAGCAAGGAAAACUUUAAUUUUAAACCGAAGUGGUGACACAAUUCUCUGCUUAGAUUAUCUAGCUGACAACAGUCACCUUGCCUCUUCCCAUUCUUCUUAUUUUUUAAUGAGAUCGGAGGGAGACACAAGAAAAUCUCUUCUCUUCUAUUGUUUCAUUCAGUAACUACUCAGAGCUCAAAACUACAGAAGGCUUUGAGCUCCUAGGAAUCUUUACUUUCCUCUAACCCCCGAGAUGGGUACAUCAUGAAGGAAGAUUAGAUUUUCAGAGCAAUAGAAACUGCAUACAUUUCUCCAGCUGUUUAUUUCACUCAUUUCUGGGUAGUGCACAUGGAUUUGUUUGCACUGAGGAAGAUGGAGGCUUGAGCAUGCUCUGUGUGUAUGUGUGUGAGCACCUGUGGACGUCUUGUUUACGACAAGAAGGUUGAUGAGUAAGGGCAUUCCAGCAUCACACCAUUUGGAGCAGGGUCGUCCUCAGAGUCCGCUCGUUCUACAUGGGAUGGAUGAACAAUGCACAAUAUUUUCUUUCUGUUUUUUUUCUAUUAAAGUGUCUUUAGAAACAAGUGGAGUGUUUUGAUAUAUAAAGAGGAUACUUCAUUUCUUAUUGCUAUCCAAAAAUUGAUCCCUGCUACAUUUUUGCUUUAAAAAAAAAACACUUUGGUCUUGUAUUUUAUAUAGAAAAACAUAAGAAAAGCAAAAGUAGUUCAUAUUUUUACCAUCCAAAUAACUACUCUGCCAUUUUUAAAAAAGUAAAAAUAAGGAAAAGAUGCACAUAUGGUUAGAAAAGUGUGAAUGUCUAAACACAAAGGCCUCCCACGCUGUCUGUUUUUUCUUUUCAUAGGGACCACCGAUGAACUUCUGGGAAAAGGAGGAAAGGAAGGGAGGGAGGGCAAGGAGGGGGCAUGAGAGACAUUCCUUUUCUAGCACUCAUGCUAUGCAUGGCCUUGCUUUCUUCACUUAGUGUUUUAUCUCAGAGAUCUUUCCAGAACAACACAUAAAGAUCUACCUCAUUCUUCUUAAUAGCUGCUUAACAUUCCAUUGUUUUGGUGGACUAUAAUUUCUUUGAUUAGUCUUUUAUUAGCGAACAUAUAAAGCAUUUCCGUUUUUUAUACACAAAUCUAUAAUUACAUCCUUGUACUUACAUCUUAGCAUACUUUUUUUGAUUAUAUCUUGGUAUAAAUUCCAACUUGGAAAUGGAAUUGCUGGAUUUAAGGCUAUAUGCAUUGAACAUUUUCUUAGAUAUUGCCAGAUUAGCCUCCAAAAACUGAUCAGUUGAUACACCUACCAAGAGUAUAAUGAAAGGGCUGGUUUCUCAGCUUUCUCAGCACUGGGUAUUAUCAAACUUAAUUUUUUUCCAAUAUGAUUGGUGAAAAAUGAUAUUACAAUACUGUUCUAGUUUAUUUUAUUAUGAGUGAAGUCAAAGAUGUUUUCAAAUGUUUUUUGGUAAUUGCAAAUUUUGUAAAUUUAUGUCCUUUCCACAAUUUUCAAUUAGGUUAUUUGGCUUUUUCUUAAUUUUCACACUUUGGAACCUUUCUGUCUUAUGCCUUGAAAAUAUUUUUAUUUGUUUAUUAUUUGUCUCUUGAUGUUAUUGAUUUGUUUUUUUGCAUAUAGAAAGUUUAAAGUUUUAUGUUGUCAAUUUAUCCAUAUUUUCCUUUGUAAGAUCCUGGGAUUUGUUUCCAGUUUUAAAAGUCCCUCCCCAUUGUGAGAUUAUAAAUAAACUUACUCAUAUUUUCUUCUAAAUCCUUAUGGUUUCAUUUGUUUACCUUUAUAUCUUCUAACUCUCUGGAAUUCAUUUAUUGCACAAAAUGGAGGUAGAGAUGCAUUGUGUUCCCUCUAAACAGUUGGUCAGUUCCACCAAUAAAAUAUAUAACAGCACAUUCCCAUAAUACAAUUAUAAUCUUUUCUCCCAUUCAAAAUGCCACCUUCCUUGUAAACUAAAUUCCUUUAAGUGUUUGGGUCCAUUUCUGUUUCAUUGAUUUAUCUCCCUAUGAACGCCUUUAAUUUCUAAGCCUUUAUUCAUAGUAGUAUCAAUAAUUCAUGUUAGUAUCAAUAUUUCCAAGUUA